UGACACGACUUGUGCUGCCUCACAUCACUAGCCCAACAGCUGUUUGUACACAAAACAAGUCAAAAGUUGAGCAAUUUUAAUUUAAUUGGCAAUUUGCACAGAAAUCAUAUUGAAAGCUGCACAAUGCACCGAUCACACCCGAGUAUCAGUCGUCGCAAGCAUCUCAUGAAGGAGAUGAUGGAGGACGACUACGCGCUGCCCACAGAAACUCAGCAGAUUGCGCGGGUCAUCAGCAGUCGGGGCAACAAUCUCCACGAGGUGGAGACCGUGGACGAAACGUUCCUUGUUUCGAUGCCCAACAAAUUCCGCAAGAGCAUGUGGGUGAAACGUGGCGACUUUCUGCUGGUCGAACCGAUUGAGGAGGGCGAUAAAGUCAAAGCCGAGAUUUGCAAAAUACUCACACCCGAACAUAUAAAGGAAUACACAAAAGCUGCAAUUUGGCCGGAUAAAUUCACAAAGAAACCUGUACAGGAGGAAGCCACCAGCCAAAACAAAGACGACUCCGAUUUCGAGGAUGAUCUCCUGCCCAAUACAAAUCGGCCUGUAAAUCGCGAUUCCUCCGACGAAGAGGAAGAUGAGGAAACAUCCAGCGAAGAGGACUGAACGAUGUACAAACACACACAUAGUUAGGUUAUUUACAAAUUUGUCAAACUUAAUUAAAAAAAAACUGUUGGUUAAUGCUGGUGUUGUUUUUGAACAAAAUCUGCCCGCAAUCAAGAACACCUUUUGUGCUUUACAAAAAUUUGUAUUUACGAUUUGUUCAUACUAUUGUUAAGUCUUCCACCAUCGCUGCAUCUCAGGAAUGUAACAAAGUAAUGUGUUUGUGAAUGCUGGUGCUACUUCUAAGUUCUCGUAACCGAUCUAAUAUUGUUGCAAAAGCUACAC